AUGGGCCGGCAUAGGAGAGGGCUGGACACCCUGAGGUCAGAUCGACACAUAGGAGGGCAAAUCGACGCACACGAGGUCAGAUCGACGCACAUGAGGCCUUGAGGUCAGAUCUUGCUGUUGACACCAGCCUUAGAGACCACGGGCUGGCGCAGGAGAGGGCUGGACGCCCUGAGAUAAGUGCCCAGAGGGCCGGCGUGCCGACGUGGAGGAUGAGAGAUGUUGGUACCGAUGUGCCGGUGUGGAGGGCGAGAGAGGGUUGACAUGCGGUGUGGGGCGGGAGAGAGAGCAGCACAGGGCAGGCUAUGUGCAAGAGAGAGAGAGAGCACAGAGAUGCUGUGCAGGCAGCAGUGCAGAGAAAUUGGUGGCUCAGGCCACCAGUGAGGGGCUGGGCACCUUGAUGAAGCCGCCAUGAAUAGAGGCAGUGCCGAAGAUACCACCAGAGAAAGGCAACGCGAGUGGUGGAGUGAGGGUGAUGGAUCAAGCCCCUAUUGCUCUGAUACCGUGUGGAGAGAAAGGGUGCUGUCAACCCUGAGAAUUAAGAGAUUGAAAAGGAAAGGGGGAUAAGUACAAGGGUUUAUAGUGGCUGUAAUACCCCUAAUGGGCCAGAUCCAUAGUGGGUGAGGCCACAAUCUAACAGGAGGCAUUCAGUGAAAUCAACUUGAUGAUUACAAUUUGGAAGAACUUUUAUGUAACACCAAAGUGGGUCAGUUUUUUAAUCUUUCAUAAAUCUUAAUACAACUUCACAACCAAUCUUUUUAGAAAGAUAAAAGAAUGUAAAGAUAGUUAAAGAUAUGGAUUUUUGACGGUUCAAUCUUAUAUUAUGAUUUUUCUGAAGGUGGAUAACUUCACAUGAUUAUAUUGAAGGACAAAGGAAAAUGUGUACAAGUGUGAAAAAUGUGAGCUCUCAAGAAGAAAACCCAGGAUAUUAGGACAGUCUUAUACCAGCAAGGCAUGUGAUAGGAAACUAAGAAAAAAUAUGUACCUAGCUACCUAAAAUAGUAUGGACAUUUCUUUCCUCGGAAAAAUAUUACCCGCUCCAUUGAACUUCUCGUGAGCCACGACAAGAUGGCACAUGGUGAGGCACUUUUCCCGUCAAAAUGUACGAUCUUCUCUGUUUAGAAGGUAGAAUUCCUUCUAAACAAUGAUGUUCCAAGUCAGCCAAAGCGCACUGAAAGUGCUUGGAUUCUGCUGUUGAAGACCUGAUCAACAAAAGACUCUCCUAAGAAAAAGAACAUCCAAAGAAAAAGGAAGCUUCAAAUUUUCUUUAUUCUUGUUCUCAAUUACUACUUGGUAUGGCUCAUGCCCAAAGAGUCCAAGGAACCACAAGAGGAAAGUCUCCUAUGUGAAAUCCUUCUUACCUAAGCCUUUACUUUUAAUGGAGAAAAUGAAUCUGAACCUGCUGAGCCACAAGAAGUCUAAUGCCUCCAUUGGAGCUGAUGCGGUAUGCUGAUUUACCUGUGUAAUCACCUCUUUUUCUCUACCUCAGGUCGUACUAUACACCUCUCCGCAAGUAGGCAUAGCAGGUCUUUGAGUUUCCUCAUCCCAUAGGUUUCUCCCUGGACUUCCACUCUCAUUCUAUUUCGUUGUCAAAAGCAUAUCAGGUAUGAUGUUAAGGUCAUGAUGUGCAGGUGAAAGACCAAUUGUCGUUUCAGAACCAUUUCUCUAAUCCAUUUCCAAUGAAAAACUUUGAUCCAGCUGCCGCAUAUUUAAAUCAUCUUUCCAAUUAGAGAUUCUAUUUAGGUAAAUUAGUACAAAAUGCUAAACUCUGUACCUUUUAUAAGACUUCUGCUUGAAAACUUCUAGUCUGAGUCUACCAUCAUUUUUCCUCAAUUUCUAGAGCAUUUGGAGCUAGUUGAAAUCUCUGCUUUUAGGAAUGCCAAGGCGUCCAUUGGUCUUGCGUUUACUAAUCUGUCCCUAAUUUACCAAUAUAUGUAUUCAAUAUUAGAUCUUGAAGGUGAUAUGUAUUCAAUAUUAAACUUUUAAAGAAUCUUUACUUAGAAUGUUUAUGAAUAAUACAGAUGAGUAUGAAUCAAUUUUCUUAAUAAAUAGUCACGUUCAGUUGAACACAUUUUCAAACGAAGAACAGGCAUGAAUGAACAUAAACAAUUUGUGAAUGUCUUUCUAUUUUUUUGUGAACAGUGCUUUGGUGGAAGGUGAGCAGCCAACCUUUCAACCAUUCACAUACAAAUCAAUGAAUGCAUGGGAUGUUGCACCACUUGUCUACUCAGUGAUGCCUUGAAAAUUAUGUAAUCGGCUUAGAGUAGUUUAGCCAUAGUGAGUCUACAUUAACAUUAUAUAUAUUAACUCUGAAAGUGCAAUUCUUCAUCAUUUUUCUACUGUAAUUAAUUGCCCUCUUGAAGGUAGUCAGUCACUGCAGAACCGUUGAUAUUUAAAGUGACAAAUGCCAUUUGUGACAACAUUGUGUAUUUUUCGGUGUCAUUGUCAGACAAUAACUCUGCUCUUGCUUGUAGGAAAACCUGUCAAAAGCUCUAGGUAUUUGUCUUCGGCUCCUGGAAAAUAAUAGAUCUUCUGACAGUGUGCACAAGUAAGAUAUAUUGCCAUCUGAUUUGCCGUCAAGAGAAAUUCAUUUGUAGACCGUACUUUGAUUCACAUUUUUUUAACCAGUACUGCUGCAGCUACUUUUCGGCAAGCCGUUGCUUUGAUAUUUGAUAAUGUUGUUUGUGCUGAAUCGCUUCCUGCUGGAAAAGUGGGCUUUCAAAAUCAAGUUUCUCGUACAAGCUCUGUUACCGAUGAUGUCAGUCGCAGUAUAAAUCAAUCAACGUAUGAAUAUAAGUUUCUGUUUUCUUGAAUGUAUAGUUCAUGUUCUUCUAUAUAGAUAUGUAUGGAGAUGUGUGACUAGUUCUUCCUUUUACAGGUCAUUGGAGGACGAUUAUUCUCCGGGUUUAUCUGGACCAUUGCGGGAAAACCUCAGUAAAUCAGGAAAACUGGGGGUUCGUUUGCUGGAAGACCUGACAGCUCUUGCUGCAGGUGGAUCUGUAUGUGUUGUAUAGAUACUAGUCUUGGAUAAACAAGAAAUCUCUAGUUACAUUCUUCUCAAAUCACAAAUGAACCAGAAUCUCAGUUUCUUUAGCGUUUCCUUUUCUCCUGCCUAGUGCCUGCUAAGCAUUUUUGUGUUUUGAUAUCUUUGUUUUUACUUUGGUGUUACCAUCAGGCUGUCUGGUUGCGUGUUCAUUCACUUCAGAGAACAUUUUCUCUUGAUAUAGUGGAGUAAGUCUCGUUUCUACUUUUCUACUUUUUCUCAAGCAUGGGCCUUCUCUUUUUAUGAAGAAUGAAGAAUUGUGUGCAAUUAUUUUUAUGUGCCAAUUAUUCUUUUUGAGGUUGUUGCUAUUUCUGCUUGUCUUUCUGGUAUUUUCGAACGAAUCAUUUGCCAUCUUUUAUGCCUCUUUUUUUUUUCCCUUCUCCUGCUAGCUCCAUUUAUGAGGUCAUAAAAAUAUAUAAUCAGAAGUGUUGCUUAUCUUCUGUGAUGAGAUAACAACUAAGGUCUUGUCUGUUUAAAUUAAUAAUUUAGAAAGCCUUUGAAAUUAAAGUCAGCAAUAUGGACCAAUAUCUUCAUUUGCAUAAAUAGAUAUAAGCAAUCAUCAAUGACUUAAAAUUCUGAAACAAGAUGAAAGUGUUUUAUAGUAGGGUGAGAAAGAAAAUGUCACGGUACCCUUAUGUUCUUGCUGAUUUGUCGUCCAACUUGGGGGUCUGUCUUCUCCGCAAUUACUGCCAAAUUUAAUUUUAUAUGGAAGAGGUGGCUUCUAGUAGAUCAUCCUGCAUUAUAUGCUACUUCAAGGAUAUGAAAUGUCUCGGGGUAUUGUUACCUGCAUCUGUGGCUGGUGACUAUGGCGAUCCUAAUGUCAUGUUUGGGAACUACCGAUUUUUUUGUUAUUUUCUUCUGAAAUCAAAUGAAUGAAUUAAAAUAGAUGACUUAUUUAAUACAUCAAAAAUUUGAUGCCUCUGUUUUCUCCAAGCUAUGGUGCUACCCCAAUCUGUCAUAAUCAAUCGACUACUCUUACUUUGCUCUGGAUUAGAAGUCAUGUUUUCCUUUUUUUGUUUCGAGUUUUCACUUCAUCCCCUGACAAAAGCAUACUAUCUCACUUGCGGUUUUUAAUUGACUAUCUUUAUGGGAUAGCGACAUUGACCCCUGGUUUUUCUUGACAGUUUCAUCUUAUCGAAUUAUGUUGCUGUCUUUCGGACCCUGGCUAUGUAUGAACAGGUUAUUUUUUGUGUUUUUGUUAUUUUUCUCUGAAUAGGAACAUUAUGAUUUAUUUUAUUUACUGAUUGAGCUUUUUGAUAAACAUGACAGGUUUUGCGCUAUCAAAUAUGUUCACUUUUGAUGACUUCUCUUCGGACCAACGUUGAGGUAAAUAUACCAUGUCCAAAGAAUUCCGUUGUCAAUUCCUUAUCUAUUUUAGAAUUCAAUUUGCCUCCUUAUACUUUUAGACUCGUUAUUUCACUCUUAUCAUUUUUCAAAAUUAGCUUGAAGGUGAAGCUGGAGAGCCUGCAUUCCGUCGUCUGGUGAUGAGGACCGUGGCACAUGUCAUCAGACUAUAUAGCUCAUCCCUUGUAACUGAAUGUGAGGUAGGAAGAUGAGAAUUUUCUGUUGGGUGGAAAUUUGUGAGAAGUCUCUUAUAUUUGCGUGAUGAACUUGAGAAAAAAUUCUAUGGUGAUUAUACUAGGUCCAGAGACUUUCUGACAUUUGAGUUAUACUAGAGAAGUGGUUUUACUGGUUUCAUUCAGAUCAAGGCAGAUUGUGCUAAUUUUUUCAAUGUGUUUUGAGGGUUCCUAAAUCAUCUGACAAUGGUCCACUGUCUCUGUGCUCAGACUUUGGCUUCAUAGCUCUACUAAACCUAGUCAAAGUAGCUCUAGUUUCAAUACAUGGAUAGAUGGAAGAAAUUGGUUUUUAGUUAUUGUUCAGGCUUAUAGGAGUUGCCAAUAAUCUCUAGACAGGGCCGUAUGAAUUCAUUUCUUUAAGAGAGUUUUGACGGAAAAUUUGGAUGCUAAAAGGAAGUAAACUUAAUAUUUCAUUUAGAUUAAAGGUAAUGCUAAAUAUUUACCAUUACCAGAGAAUGACAUCUGUAGUUCCCAUUUUUAUUACCCAGGUAUGAUUCAUUGGCAUCUCUGUUUCUUUAUGGAGUAUUGUCUUGAGGAAUAGCAGCACAUGUUUAGGAACAAGUGCUGCUAUUUGUAGGAAUUCUGGAAAUCUUCUUGGGCCACAAUGACUUCUGUUGACCGUAAUAUUUUUAUGGAAAUUAAUUGCAUGUUUAUCAGUCUUUCAUGAGAGUUUCUAAGGUGCUUGUUUUUAUAGGUCUUCCUCAACAUGUUGGUGAAGGCCACUUCCCUAGAUUUGCCACUAUGGCACCGUAUUCUUGUUCUUGAAGUAUUGAGGGUACUCUUCUUGAUCGAUCAGCAAAAGAACACUGCAAUUGUUGCUUUAUGUAAACUGAUGCCAAGUACUUUUCAACUUUCUGGCAGGGGUUUUGCGUGGAAGCAUCCACUCUACGUCUUCUUUUUCGGAAUUUUGACAUGUGAGUACCUUAUUAUUGUUUACUUCAUCCUUAUGGUAGUAUCUGUUGGCCAGCUUAUUUGAAGUCAAAGGUGACAUUUGCCACUUUCUCUCUGUCGAUGUGCAUCUAGGAUUUUUUUUUAUCUCAUAUUUUUCUUCAUCUUUGCACUUGUCCAGAGAACAGAAGUUCUUCUCACGUAGUGGAGUUGAGAUUGCAAUAUUGUUGAUUGAUAAGUGAGUGGUGGUACAUGUGACUGGAUUAGUUGUAUGAUAAACAUGCAGCGUUUGAUGUAAUUUAAGGUUUGAUUGCAAUUGAUAAUCUGGGCUUUGAGUCGGUCAUGGUUCAUUCAGUUGAACCAAUUUCCAGUAGAGAAGCGCAACUCUUCCUUGCCGAAGGUCAAUCUGAGUUGUGUCUCCACGUUUAGUUCCUAGAAUUUUGACAUGAAAGAAGAAAAAGGAGAAAUAAAAGGAACUGUUGAGUGCUGCUGGCUUCAGCCAAUAGAGGAAGAAGAGGGGGGAAGAAGGCCUCGCAGCAACAGAAAGAAAUAAAAAAAUAGAAGUUAUACUUGGACAUUCAGCAAGAAAACUGUCUUUCAUUGAUAAGCAUAAAUAGCAGUUGACAUUGUCAUAAGUAUUGCUGUUAUUGUUUUUUAUGAUGGCUUUUCGGGAACAAGUUCAUCAUUAAGCAAGACUAGAGCUUUUAUUUCAAAAAAAUGUUUGUUGCUUUGUCGUGAUUUCCUGGUCAUAAUAAUUUUAUUUUUUUGGUUAAUUUUAUUUUGUUGUCAGGAUAAUCAAUUCAUAUCUCCAAAAAACUAAAUUCAGCUAGCCAGUGUGAUGUGUGGUCUGUGGCAUUACUUAUGUGUGCUACCUGCUGAAAAGUUCACACAUCUCACUUAUAAAUGACUGUUCUACAGAAGGUUUAUCAUAAUCAAAGUUGGUGGGCUUAGAAAGAUCCCUGUCUAUGUUUUACUCACUAACAUCUUAUUUUCUCAGAAUGGUUUAAUGUUUGACACAGAAGGUAAUAGGUUUAGAAGAAAGAAAUUGGCUUUAUCGUGUCUCAAGCUGAAGUGCUUUCGGUAGCUUUGAGACUCAAUUUAAUUUUUGACGUUUUCACUGGUUUACAUCUUUCAAAACCGUCACAUGGGAUGGAAAGCCAUGACAUUCAUGCACUGAAAAUCAGUUAUCAUUAUGAUUCCAUAACCUUUUCCCCCAAAUUGGCAUUGGUCUCCAUAAUGGAAGGCUGUGCUAUGAACAUCUGGAUGGAUUUCUGGGGAGGCUAAUCCUGUGCUUUUAGUCUAUGAUCUGGCUGUUACCAUCACCGAUAUUAUUGACAAUAUUUAUAGAAAUUUGUCAUUCUUUCUACCAGCUUUCAGGAAGCACAGACAAUAUGGAUCUUAUCAGGUCUCUUUAUUAUUAUUAGUCUUAUUACCAGAAUCAUGUGUAUCAUCAGUCAAUGCAGUUUAUUCUAUUCUUUAAGCAUACAUACAUCUUGAUGGUUUGGGCAUGGAAAAUUUGCAAAAUCAAGCAUAGUGACAGUUUAUCUUUGGACGUUAAAUAAAUAAGUAUGCCAUUAUAGAUGGUUGGAUUCACAUGGAUGAUCUCUCAGAUUUCCUUGGGAUAUUCACGAUGUGCUGCCAUCUGUUCUAUCUUUUAUUUUUAUUUUGAAUGGAAUACAAAGUCCUAUGUAAGAUGCAGAUGUUAUAAAAAACUCGUUCAUAGAAAUGCCUUUUGUAUUCAGCAAUUUCUUUUGCUAAUCUUCAUGCAGGGAUCCUAAAAACACUAAUGUCGUGGAAAAUAUGGUCAAAGCUUUUGCACGAGUUGUUUCUACUGUUCAGGUGAAUAAGUUAUUCCUCUUAUUAUCUCUACAUUCUUUUGCCAUUUAUGAUUAUUUUGUUAAUACCUUUGCUUAAGAAUGUUUCAAAGGAAUUGGGUUGCUUUGAUUUCAAUUCCUCUUGGAGUUGGUGGCUGCAAGUAAUUAUCUGAAAUCUUCAUGCAUUGUGAUUAUCUUCCAUCAUUCCCGAUGGUUUGUUGUCGGGGACAUGAAUCCUAUUUCACUGUGCCAUUAUUGGUACCAUAAAGAUGACGCCUGUCUAUUUGGUAUUCGGAUGUUUCUUGUCCUUUUUUUAUGGUUUUUUGCGUGCAUAUGAAAUUCAUCUGCACAAUCUUUGUAUCCCCUGAAUCUUUCUACUUGGUGGUGUCAAGUACUUGUACAUAAUGCCUUUAGUCAAGAGGGAUUUUAGAAAUGUUUUGCAAAAGUACCAACAGAUGCGAAAGUCGCAGGUAAUCCUGACACUACCCUGACAAAGCCAUAUCCUGACAAUGACAAGCCAUAGUGGUGCAAUAAGGUGACACUCGUAGUGUAUAGGAAUGAGAGAGUUGCAGGUAAUCCAUAUUAAAACAGAAUAAUGUCUCAUUGUACAUAUUAAUUUAGUAUAACAUAAUAGACGAUUGUGGCAAUAAAGUAAAACAAUGAUUAUUAAGAUUGGUUACUUACUGUCGAUUGGUUUUGAGUAGGAUGAUCUGAUAAUUUUGAUGUGAAAUCAGAGCCAAUGGUUGGUUUUUCUGCAUUUUUCACCCAGUUGUAUUGUCAAUGUUACGAAAGAUAAAUGUUGAUAUGCACACGAGGGGUCGUGUAAAAAAAGUUCAGGUAUUGGGCAUCCACUUUGUUGGAUGACCCAUUGACUUCGACUGAUGAAAAAGUUAAUGAAUAAAAAUCUCCAGUAAUAUAUUAGAGAUUCUGAGCUAAACUAAAUCAUAAUCUUAGCAGAAUCGCUUAAUUUCUUUCUAAGCUUCUGAUGACUCUGGAAGUAUGAGUCAAAAGAGGCAGUAGACUUAUCCUUCCCGGUGAGUAAAGCACAUGGAAUACGUUUUUUCAUAUUCUGCACAUGUAGACAUGAUAUCAGCUGAAACAUUUUGUAUCAGAGACAUCAAAUAGGUCUUUUGCAAUUGGCACAAGAAUCAGGACGAGCUCUCUUCACUAGGGGUCAUAAUUAGAGCAUGUGUGGAGCACGAACCUAUAUUGCAUUAAAUGUUGUUCAUUUUUCUUUUUUGUGGGCCUGGCAUCUGGCUGUGUUGUAAAAAGACUCUUCUUCUGAUAGAUCAUCGUAGUUACCCAUGGUUAGUACAAAUGCUUGGUUUGUUUGUGAUGGUUCGACAAGACCCCGAGUCUAUUUGAAUGCUGUCACGAAUAUGAGUCUGCUGAGUACUGCAAUGCCAUAGCAUGAGUUGCUAUAUUUUUGGUUGGGAAGGACAAUAAUUUCUCCUUCUCCCAACGAGAGAAAGAACAAGAAUGAAUCCCCAAAUGGGGAUAUCGCCAGUUAUAAUUUUGCUUAUCAAACUCGGCAACCAGACUUUGAGCUAAGGUCCCAGUAAAGAAGUAUUCAAUCACAUUGCUUUUACUCAAGUGACUUGUAUGAGCCAUAUUGAUUCUGGCAGAGUAACUUGGCCUUUUAAGUUUCCUUUUUGAACUGAUCCAAAUGCAAAUUGAUCAACUUUCAAGUGAAGUCUAGGAUUGCAUUAUAAUUUAAUUGGGUUUAGAUGUGUUGGAACAGUUUGGCAUUCAUGUUAAUUAUCAAUCAGAGACUUGGAGAUUGAAAAGAAGGUCAGAUACAAAUUUUAGUGCAGUUUAGGAUCCUCAUUAUUCAAGAUGAACAAGGGAUGUUGAAGUUUUUUCCCAAAUAUCGAUUGCAAAUCCAUUUGGUAUUUGCAUUUCGGUUUGUUGACCAUCAAGUUAGCUUGGUUUUAAACUAUGUGAUUCCAUAGCGACAAGUAAACUAGUUAAAAUUCCAUUACAGUUACUUAUCCUUAAUUUUCGUAUUUUACUGAGUUCAGUCCAAUCAUCCACAGGGUUAUUGUUAACCAAGUACUUACGAUUUUGUGUUCUAACCCUCAGUUUCGGGACUUUUAAUGAGAACAUUUGGUUGGUGGAACCAAAUGUCCCACUAAGCCUACAAUCUUUGGAUAAUCUGUCUAGACCUUGCUUCCCUGUUCUAAAAUGCUUGAUGUUAUGUUGUAUCUGCAUCUUUUUAUUUCGUGGCAAACAAUAAUGUCCAUUAUUAUUUACUUGGUUUUCUCAUUUAUCUUAAGUAGUUGAAAAAAUAAUUAACUGUGGGGUGGGUGGGAAGGGGGCUUAUCAUUUGGAUGGAUGACACUUAGAUCUGUGAUGCUUACUUGGUAGAAAUGUUUGAUAAAUUUUGCUAGGUUCAUGAUUCUAGUGACGAGAGUCUUGCAGCUGUUGCAGGAAUGUUUAAUAGCAAGGCUAAAGGUAUGCACAUAUUCAUUUUUUAAAUCUAAGGUUGUCUUGGUCCUUUCAAUCCUCCUUAAUUAUCCUAGCAUCUUUCACAUAGGUGUUGGUACAUUAGUUUAUUCCCUCUAAUCGAGAUUGCGUUAAUUUAUUUUAUUUCUUGUUGUGUCAUUCCGGAUACAAUUUGGCUUUGAUCUGAGAAGUUCAUUCACAAUAUUUAUUUAUUUAUGGAGCAAAGUCUGAAGAGGAUAAAUUGAUUAUCUGUGUAUGUUAUUUGUUAAAGCUCAUUUUAUCUCCUAUUGUGCGUUGGCUGCUUUAUUGUGCAAAUGGAUAGUGGAUAAUGAUGUGCUAGUCGAUGCUAUUGAGAACAUGAUUUAACAAAAGCGAACAUAUUCACCUUUUUCUUUUGUUUACAUUUCAGAACAAUCAAAUCCUCCCUGAUUCCUGUACAGCUGUAAAACCCUUUACCUCUUGACCAUCUCUAAAUUUCAGAAGGAAGUGAUGAAUACCUUCUUAUGGUUAUUUUAUAUUUUCGACAUAGUUAUGAUUUGACUGAGGAAGUUGAAGGAGUCUAUUCUUAUUUUUUUCACUUCAGAAUAAAACUUGUGGGAACAUGCGUUGGUAAUGACUUCAUUUGACUAUGAAGUUCUGAAAUUUAAUACAAAAUUUAGAAUUUUCUUGUACGUCUGUGUUCCUUUUUUCUUACCCAUUGGAGUUUUCUAUCAUGACUUUAGGAAUUGAAUGGAGCCUGGAAAAUGAUGCGUCCAACGCUGCAGUACUUGUUGCCAGUGAAGCUCAUGCAAUAACAUUGGCAAUCGAAGGCUUGCUGGGUGUUGUUUUUACCAUCGCAACUUUGACUGAUGAAGCUGUGGAUGUUGGUGAGGUAAGAUAUGGAAUAUUGGUUUUCUGGGGUACGAUUUGAAAUCCUGAAGGGUGAAGUUUUCUGCUGACGGUUAUUUACAGCUUGACUCCCCUAAAUGUGACACCAAUCCACCACCGAAACAUACUGGCAAAACAGCUGUUAUCUGUUUGUCAAUGGUUGACUCUAUGUGGUUGACCAUUUUGGAUGCUUUAUCUCUUGUCUUGACAAGGUAAGCAUAGAAAGUUCUUUAACAAAACGCAAAUAUGUUGAUUAUAUAUGUUAUUCUGAACUGAUCUUUUUUGGAAGAUCACAAGGUGAAGCCAUAAUACUGGAGAUCCUAAAGGGAUAUCAAGCAUUCACUCAAGUAAGCACUAUUAGUGUGAUGAUUACUUUUCUGUUUUCUUUUACUUAAAAGUCGUAUAUUCAUGACUGCUUCAAGUGUUAGUUCUGUUGUUUCUAUGGUUUACUGAUUUUUCUUUUCAGGCAUGUGGAGUUCUUCGUGCUGUGGAGCCUCUAAAUUCUUUUUUAGCUUCUCUCUGCAAAUUUACAAUCAGUGUCCCAAAUGAGACAGAAAAGAAAAGGUAGUUUUCAAGGCAAGUUUAAUGAUACAUGAAAUCUUGAUAAAAGAGUGAAUACUGGAGUAAAACGUCAGAGAUAAGAUUGCAAUAGUAUGUUGAGCGAAAAUAAGCAUAUAAUAACUGGUCAUUAUUUCUCUGGUUAAGAACUUGUCACUUAUUUAAUAUUUUGGAAGGUAUAGUUUGCUGAAUCUGCUUUGUUCUUCUGGUGAUCAUUCUUUACAUACUUAUAGAGAAAUGUCAUAGUGAAUGGCUAUUUAGUUCCUUCUCAUCUUCUCUCUGUAUCUUUCUAUCCGCCCUGUUAGAGUUUGAACAUUUCUAGUGUUUGUGAACUAUUAACUUUGCUAGGAUGAAUUUCAUUCUAAUUAUUAGUUCAUGUCUUCUCGUGAAAAACAUGCUCUUUUUGUUUGCUUCUGUCUUCUUAACCUCAGGUCUCUAUUUCUUUUUGUUACUCCUAAAGGAAUAAGAACAUUAAAUUUACUUGGUUCGGUUAAUGAUUUUUACCAGUGUGACGUGUUUAUCAAGCUUUGGCUUAAGGCCAUUAUGAUGCUUCUUUGCUGUAGCUUUAGAUGCCUUCAUAGAAAGUAAAUAAGAACCUGUCCAUAAUUUAUGUGGAGUGCUGAUAUGUCUGUCCACAAGGAUAGUGAGAAGGACUGGAAUUUUUUUUUGAGAAUAUACAUGAAAUUAUUCAAAUGAAAAGAGGAGAUGGUGAUCAAUCAUUAUUAGAUGAGUAUAGGGAAUGAUAGCUCAAGAGAUGAGUUGAUAAUUAACUCUUGGUGGUGGUUUAAUAUUAAUCAUUGUUGGUUCUUGAGUUUUUUCAUGUGGGUUUCUAGUGAUAUGGAUGAUGCACCUUGCUAAAUUAGGAGAGGCUUUUUGAAAGAUAAGUGGUAAUGAGAUGAAAGUGGUAUUUCUUCUUUUAGACAAUACUGAGGGAAGCUAUGCCAUUGAGUUUAGGUAAAGAAGGCGAGUAGCACUUGUUUGAGGAUGCCAAAAGUCCAAAUCACAUCCUUGAAUCUACAAGAAAUGUGAUUUCGUUGAAGAAUCCUUGCCUUGAAUCUAUGGAACAAAGAAACUUUGACCCUUGAAUCUACAAGGGUUUGCUCCUGAGUCCACAAGAUCCAAAGGUUUCCCUGAAUCCACAAGGGUGCCAGAAUCACCAGUAGAGUAAGAUAACCUCAAACAAGAAAAUCCUCGGGUUAAAAGGGGGCCCCUUAAAUAGGCCAAAAGUCAGUUAGGAUGCUUUUAAUUAUGGGGGUUUUUGUUAUUGGGUGCCUAAAAUUUGAAUUUCAGCCUAUUCAAAUAAAUUCGAAAUGAUUGAAAGGGAGAAACGAAAAUAAAAACGAGAAAACUAAAUAUGGACUCGUUUAAGGCGGGCUUUGUUGUGGGCCGAAUUUAUUGUUGGGCUAACUUGAGCCAAAAAUGAGCCCACCUUCAUCUUCAUGCUUCCUGAGCCUCUGGGCCACUUGAGUUUGGCUCCAAAUGGCUGAUUCAGUCUCUCCUACUUCAAAAGAACUCAUCCUCGAGUUUUCAUAAAUUUAUGAAAUGAAUUAGGGAUUGAAAUGACAUCAGAUAAAUUGGUAUACAAUAUGAGAGUAGUAAAGCUGGUGGACCAUAGGAACCAUGUCUAAAUGGAAAGUAUUGCCAAUAUAGAUAUGCCAUGUCUUAAAUGGAGCUCACUCUUGGGAGAGGACUAUUAUGAAAUAGCCCAAGUACUUGAGGGAAUACCUCUUUGUUCUUUUCAAUAUUUUGUUGAUUUUGAUAGUUCGAAUUAUAUUUGCUACCUAUGUCAAGGAUUAUUGGUUUUUAUUUUGCAUUUUAUGGUAAAUGUUUUGGAACGGUGGAUGCAGAUAUCUGUCAUCUGACAGAAAAUUGACAAUGUACCAUCUCGAAUGUAUUAUCUGACAUUUUUCCGGGUGAAUGUUAUAUAACUUAUAAGGGCUAUAUUCACCUUUCUAUCCUUCUAUCUCACCUGUAUAUUUAAAAUAUUUCUACUUUUAUCCUUAAAUUUAUUUAUCUUUACACUAUGGAUGCCAAUGCCAGACAAUAGGACUAAGGUAGGAUAUUGGCUUCCUUUAGAGGUUAUUCUUCUCUUCUGGCCAUUUGGUAUUUCCCAGAUUUUUGUCUUAAAGAGGGGGCACUUUCUAUUGGGAGGCUAUAAAAAUUGUUUGUAUUCUAGAGAUUUGAUCAACCAAGUCGUCGUUUAGCAAAAGUUAAAAUGAACUGUGAACAAUUAUUUUCUUGCAGGAAUGAUAUCUCUCGUGUUGCAUCCAUUAACUGUAUGUCAUGCAUCUCAACCACUCAUUGACCUUGACACACUCUCUCUCUCUAGUCUUUAUGAUAUCUUUCUCAAUUGUGCUUUCAUUCUUUUUGGGAGGGCUGCUAUUUGCUACCCUUUGGAUGAUUUCAAGUGAACAAGCUAGAUGGUUCCUUCGUUCUGCAGUCGUAGUGUAGUCUAGAGGCUUACUGUACUAUAUUGUGGUAUUUAUCAUUUCAACAUUUUCUCCUUUUGAAAAAUAUAAUAAAUAUAAACCUAAUUUUACAAGGAUCGAAAACCGCAUUAGUAGUAUUUGUAUAGUUGAACACAGAAACUUCUUGUCAAGAUUGGGUUCUUCCUAAUAGUCUUGUACCCAUGGCAGCAAGACCGCACUACUUAAUCCACUGAAUAUCCAAAGUUAAAAGGUGUGAGAAUGGGGGGACAGAUCAGAAUGUUAUGGAAAAGGUCAUCCAACAGAAUGAGGGCAGUGUACAAGGAAAGCAGGUUUGGAAGACAAAAUCAGUGAUUCUGCUUAUAGGUAGAAAACUAGGAAAAAGAAAGAUAUAUAGUUGGUUCACAUUAGUGGAAGUAGGAGAGGCUUUUGUCAUUCGGUCUUUUCUUUUGUCUCUUGACUGUUAAGAACUUUACUUAUAAGAUUUUUUUAUUAGUAUUAGUUAAUCUUUCAAAGAGCGGUAGAAAAGAUUGAUAGCAUCAGAAAGCUCACCUUAUGUAUCUAUCUUAGCAAAGUUUAUAGUGCAUCAUGACUUAAUGCUGGAUAGUAGUAUGCUUUUCUGUUCUGUGUUGUAACUUCAUCUUGUUUUCUUCUUUAUGUUUUAACCUGGUACUCUGUUGUGGUUUUUUAACUUUUACUUACAAUUACUGUUCCUUACCUGUUUAAGGUAGUCAGGCUUUGAAGUUUUUGUUAUAAAAUUUUCAGUACUCAAUCUUCACCAGCUUCCAAGAAGUCUGAGGCUUCUGUUGAUCAGCGAGAGGGCAUUAUCCUUACUCCAAAGAAUGUGCAGGUGUUAAUUUAUAGCUUUUUCUUCGGAGAUAAGUCGCUCUUUAUUUGAAAAUGUGUUGGUUUUACGUCAUAGCUUUGUUUCUUUGAGGUUUUUCCUCUAAUGUAACCCACUUAGACUGAUUUCUUAUGCUUUGUGCAUCUGGUUUGUGAUUUUAGGCGUUGAGAACCCUCUUCAAUGUCUCCCAUCGUUUGCACAAUGUCCUUGGACCAUCCUGGGUUUUGGUAUGCUGACAGUCAAAUGUACCCCCUAAAAUAGUUUAGUCUCUGGUCGUAAGGACUCACAAUGUUUUGCAGGUAUUGGAGACCCUUGCAGCUCUAGAUCGAGCUAUUCAUUCACCACAUGCUUCUACACAGGUGAUACAUCAAUAAAACACGACUCUUUCUUUAUUUUCUUUCCCACUUCAUAGAACUGUUUUCAAGUUGUAUUGUAUAUAACUUGAAAAUAUCUGGUUCUCAAGUUUUUUUUGUAUCUUUGUAUUUCGUGGGUCACAACACUGUCUGAUAUUGAUGUCAAGGUAGAAUGUUUCAUCAUUCCAAUGAGAUAGUCUGUGAUCUUCCUCGCAAUUUAUGUUGAAAUCUGCAUGUUUGCUUAUGAGUUUCUCUGUUGACGAGUAGUUUUAAUGCGUUUAUAUUUGUUUAGGAAGUGUCUGCUUCUGUUCCAAGGCUGACAAGGGAAACAUCUGGGCAGUAUACUGACUUCAGUAUCCUCUCUUCUCUGAACUCUCAGGUUAGUGGAAGAGAUGCUGCUUUUGCUCCUUUUGUUGAGGUUGAUUAUUCUGACUUUUUAUUCUUGGUAUAGUUGUUUGAAAGCUCAGCCUUGAUGGACAUUGCUGCAGUCAAGUCACUUCUUUCUGCUCUACAUCAGUUGUCAAGUCAAUGUAUUUCUGUAAAUUCAAGUAGCUUGGGUCCAAAUUUUGUCCAGCAACUUAGCAGUGUUGCAUUUUCAGUUGAACGAAUGCUAUCAAUACUAGAAAACAAUCUGCACAGUUAAGUGUUCAAACUUUUACAGUGGAAUGCUAAUGGAUUUUAUAGACAAAUAUCUUCGUAUUUUUUUUUCAACAGUUAACUGAACCUUAUGAAUUUUUUCACAAGGAUAUGAUAUUUAUCUAAGGCCAUGGUGCAUCGUGCAAGAUCUGUGACAGAAAAUGCAUAAUUGUUUUUUGGGACAAUACCCAUAGAUAAAAUUGAGUGUUGCACAAUAUGACAAAGAAAUGUGGGGACGAAGAAAUCUGUGAGGAGAGCAGUGAACCAUACGGUUAAACUGAAAUUUCCUUGUUAAUCAUACAGAGGCAUAGUUUGCUUACAUAUGUAACAGUUAGUACUUUGGCGCACUUCAUAUGAUAAUCUGGAACAUAAUAUCGAAUCAUCUUGGCUUAUUGUACAUCAUUUUUGUUCCUGUUAGAUAAAAUAUGCAACGAAUCAACAUCUUUUUUGAAACUCUAUUCUAAUUCUAAUUCAAUAAACUUCACCAUGUACUCAUAUAGGUAUUGAAGACGGACAAUUUUCACAUGAUAACGAUUUUUAAUAUGCUUUUUCUGUCUCAUAAUUAACUUUCGAGUAUUCAUUUCGUGCAUGUAGCAACCCUGGGUGUAAAAUGACUUUGUGGUAAUUGUGGUUGAAAGAUGUUAAAAUGUUUGCAUUGAUUGCACUGAUGUUGGGGCUCUAAGAUACCGCAUGUUUUUGUCUCAGAUUUUGGGGGCUUCUCUCACAUCUUCUUGGUGAUUUUCAGGGGUAGAAUCUUUAUGGGACCAAGUUGUUGAUCACCUUCUUGAGGUACUCUCGUUGAAAAUUUAUUUUCAGAAUGAUUUGUUAUGAUUUCACUUUCCAUUAACAUGAUGAACAUUAUCAGCUGAACAAUAAUCCAAGUCCUCAAGUACGAUCUAUGGCUCUGGAUGUGUUGGAUAGAUCUAUUUGUUCUGUCUUAGGGUCUGACAAGUUUCAGGAUGUUGCCCUGCUUCAUUGUCAACUUGGAGCCAAGGUGGGACAUAUCUCUGUUCAAUAUUUUUUUUUUAAAGUGGUCUAAGUCUUCUGUGGAUAAUUCACCCUUUUCAGACAGAGGAAGAUGAUGCAGCAUCAAAGUCUUUUGAACGUUCAAUUCUGUCACCAAUUAGGAUUCUUUAUAUGUCCAGUCAAAAUCUUGAUGUCCGUGCAGGAUGUUUGAAAAUUCUUUUGCACGUUUUGGAGGUAACCAUGCUAAUUUUUUGAGGAUUUAGUGGCAAAGCAACUUAAGUUUGUCUUUUCAGUUGAAGAAUUUUACCUUUCAUUUAAUCGUCAAUUCAGAGGCAUGCAGAAAAACUAUACUUCAGUUGGACGGAUAUUCUUGAAAUGUUGAGGUUUGAUUAAUUUGCAUUUCUUUUUUCUUCAAGAGCUAUUUUAGUGAUGCCUCUUCUCUUUUUUAACUGUGAAUGCAAUUCUUUACGGUUUUGUCCAGGUCUGUGGCUAAUGCGUCAGAAAAAGAUCUUGUACCAUUGGGUUUCCAGGUUUGAUGACUUGCCUUUCUCUGAACUUUCCAUUGGGUCUUAUGUUAUAUGCAGUACUGUCGUUAUCCCAUAAAAUUUUCUUUUGAACAUUUUUCUGAUUUAUCUGGGUCUAUCAGUUAAACAAUUAAUUAUAUUUGGCUAUCGGCCUUAAUGGUUCAAUGAUUCCUUGUGACUUGUUUAGACGUGUCUUUUAAGCUGGAUGCACUGUUGUCAUCAAUGUCAGCUGUUUUGGACCCUAGUUAUGAGUUGAUAUAUGUGAAAAAGCUUAGGUGAAUGAGGCGUAGUAGAGUUCUAUGAAUGGCAUGAGCCAUCUGUAUACUUCAGCUCCAUGAAAACCUUAGUUGGAUAAGACCAUCAGUUAAAUGUCUGGACAUAUCUUAGACCUUGCAUUUCAAAGAGUGAUUCCUAGAAACUGACAAGGUAAAUCAUUUCUUGAUAUCUUGAUAAAUGUUAAAUCCAAUGGAUUGUAUUAAUUUUUAUCCCUUUUGCAUGACAUAAGGGUGACAUUUCAAGCAUGUCUACUGUAAAUAAAUACAGUACAUAUUUGUGUUGGAAGUUCUUGGAGCGGGAAAAUUGAGACAGAAUUUGAGGUUUAAAUGCUUUAAAUAAGGCAACAGUUUUUCGGCUAAAUAGGUAUGCUGUUGAGAGUAUGAAUGAGUAAAACAUCAAGUAAAACGUGUGGCCUGUUAUUGUCAGGGACCUGAUGUGAUCAUGGCAAAGUGAUGUUACUGUACCUUUUAUCACAGCUGUAAUUCCAUUGCUUUCUUUCUAGUGAUCUAUUACCUCAUAAAAAAGCUCUUGUAAUGACUUUUGAAUCCAGGAAAGGAUCAGAUGACAUACGGUCAAUAACAAGUUUGGUUCUAUUUGCAGAUUGUACGUGUGAUCAUGAAUGAUGAGCUAUCAACUAUACCUAUUCAGUACCUGGACGUGUAAGAUUUCAUACUGUCAUCAUUCUUUACUUGUUGUGUGCUUACUUCCAUAACCUCCGUACUCUGAAGUCUUUCGUUUCUUGCGUAGUGUUUGACAACAUCACUAAACUGUUAUCAUCCUGAACGUCUUUUUGCUUUUGUGAUUUCUUUUUUGUCUAAAGCAGUGGUAUUUUCUGAUUUUUCUCUUAAAAUUUUGAAAGUCCUAGUUCCCACAAAUCACAAAUAAUGAGAAGCAAAAGAGGAAAGAAUGUACAAGAUUUAUAGUGGUGUUCUCUACACAAAGAAGCUGUCCACUUCCUGCUGAAGGAUUCCACCUUCAACCGGGUAGAAUUAGAAUUCAUUGUCUCACCAAUGGGCCCCCUAGAGAUGGUCUUAUAUUAUAGAGAUUAGGGUUGACCUUAGCAAGUUAAAAGUGUCAAAGGUGCUCGAGUAGAGUGCAUUCACAAAAUGAGUGACUUCUGAAAGUGGAGCUUACUUCCCUUUUCCAAUCAUCAUGUAAAAGUCGAUUGGUCUGCUAACUUGUGUCAAGGCAAAAUUUAGGUUUCACUUUGCUCAAUAAUUUCCUUUGUUUUUGUUGAUAUUUUCUCUUGAAUGAAUGAAAAAUGGUUUUUCUAAAAGUAUAGGUAUUCUUAGGUGGUGAUAAACAAUUACGCGAGAUGAAAUAUAUCAGUAAUGAUGAGCAAUAUUGCUAAUCAUGUCUGUGAAGUAAAAUAGGUCGUUUUCUACAUAGUCAUGGGAUAGUCGGUAAACUCUAUAUCCCCAAAAUAACUAGGGUUACCAAAAAACCGUUCAGUUGUGAAUUGAUUCCUACACUGCUUCCUGGGCUGCUGUAGGGAAGAUCAUCCCUGUGUGUUGUUGCAACAUGGCCUGGAUGUGAUCUGGAGGUCAGAGGUCUUGACUCUUUUUUUCCUUUUUGCAAAGUUUGGACUUUUCUUGGGCCUACACUGACUGAUUCGGAAAAUAUCCUGAAAUUCAGAACAAUUUCUGUAAUAGAUUCAUGAAGUGUCCUGCAGAGCACUGUAAUAGAUUCAUGAAAUGUCCUAAUUUUAUGUCACCAUCCAUUGGUUUGUACGCAAUUUCAUGCUCGCCCAUACAGUUGAUUAAUAUCAUUUUGCUAGAUUUCAAAUCAUACUUGAAAAUACCUCUCAAUUAUAUAACCAGGAGAAGUAGCAUUAGUUUAAAAUGUGUAAGCUGUCCAAUGAUUUUGCAAGGAUAUUCCCACAUGCCAGGAAUACCACGAUCAUGGCAAUGGAAACAUUAUCUUGUAGAUAAAGCCAUUUUAUAGAUAAAUCCUGAUGAAGGAGACAAAGAUAUGGAGAAAGGCAUAUAAGUGACGUUUCUCAGUUAAAUUCUGUUGAAAAUGGAGAACAACCUCUUUGACAGAGGACAGAGGGGAGAACGGCGGAAACUGCCUCCAGAUUCAUUCACCUCUAACUCCCUUUGUAUAGGGAGGAACCCUACACAUUUUUUGCAAAACACCCUCUGUCUUUUAGAGAUUUUUCUUACUACCUAGAAUUCCCAGCAAAUUCCUUAGCAGAUCAGUGAAUGAUGAUGCAGGGUCUGAAUGAAGGAUUAUGCGCAGAGCAAGGAGAGGCCGAUGAGGAAGUCCUCUGAAGGGCUGGGCUAAUGCUACAGACAUAUUGCAUAGACCUAUUUCCCCCCCAUGGUGAUAGAUGGAAUCUUUUAGUACACCCACAUGGUGGCAGAUGCUCAUCUUUUAGUAAGAUCUGGCUUUGACACCCUGUCAAGAUAGGAAAGAGGUGGAGAGUGGAGACAGAUUGGAACUCCCGCUCGUGAGGGAUUAAAAAUAGGAAUUAAGUUGGCCUGUAACUGAAAGACAGAAGAAAAUGAUUCAUUUCCUAAGAAGCUUGUACUGGUCAAAAUUCAUGCAAUGAGUCGCUUUUGUGUUGUUGCUGUAUUGCUUGUAGUUUUUGUUACACAUGUGUAGAGUAGUACAUGUUCGUAAUCAUGAAUUAUUUCUUUUUCGUUCAUUAUUUCUUGCCUUUUCACUGGAGUGUGCCAUGUCCAUCAUCCAAAAUAUUAUGGAAUCUGUUGUGGGGCACCAGUUGAAAAGAUCACUAUUUGCAUUAUAUUGCAUGUUCCCUGUAGAUCAGAUUAAUAAGGGGCGGUGAAAGAUCAAUCAGGGUCAGUUUGUGGGAACGUUUUAAGUAUGACUUGCCAAUCCAGAUUUAUUUGAUUUAAGUAAUAUCUUUUUUUGACAUUAAUUUAGCUGCCCUUUCUUGUAUCUUUUUCCUAACUCUAUUAGAAUUCUUGAACAACAGUUGCAUUGAUGUUACUGGGGCGUACAGUGAGCAGAAGACAGACUUAAAUAUUAGUUUAACUGCGAUAGGUCUGCUGUGGACUUCAUCUGAUUUUAUUGCCAAGGGACUUACUGAGGAAACUGUUAAAGAAAUGGAUACUGGUAUUCAUUUGCUGGUUUCAACUUUCUGUAAAUGAUUAGCUUCAAUCAUAUGAGCGGUAUGUAUUAUCUUUGUAACAUGCUUUUUUCUCUGUGUUCUGCUUUAGGUGCUAGCUUUGGCAUGGAAUCUAAAAAACAGAAUAUUGAUACGGAAAGUGUUCAGGAUGAAACAGAGAAUCAUCCAACUGCGGGGACUCGUGGGAAAAAUUACAUGUUGAACCCUGGUGAUCGUAAUAAGUUGCUGUUUUCUGUCUUCUCCAUACUUAGAAAGCUUGGAGCAGAUGAGAGACCUGAGGUAUACAACUCUCUCAUUGACUUUAGUUAGGCAUUGAAAGAAGCAUGAUUUAUAUUAGUGGAGUAAAAGAUGUUUUUUAUUUGGUCAGGAGACAUUUAUAAUGGUACUGAUUUUUUGACUAGGUUGCUCUUAGAUUAAUAUACAGAUAAGCCAAGUUGCACGAUACAUUUUUCAUUAUCAAAGUUUCUGAUAUAUACUACAGAACGUGUAUAUAUAUAUAUAUAUAUAUUUCAAAAAGGUGUCACAGAGACAUCAAAUUCUGCCAUUCGACAAGCUAAUCCCAGCUUGUCUGGAUUGAAUAUUUUUCUUACAAUACUAGACCCUAGCCUGAGCCCAUGUAAUUCUGUAUCAAAGUGGCAAAAGUGGAAGACUUAGGUGAUUCACGCUCUUUAAAAAUAUUAAAGUUUUAAAGGCCAAUAGGCUCCUAAAACAAUUUAGUUCUUGCUCACAGCACUUGGGCUGUCUGCAUUAAUCUGAAUGUUCUGGCACAAUGCCAUAUUUUGGCAAUAGAUGUUCUUUUAGAGUAUUUUUCGUAACUCAUCAUACUCUAGACCUUUUAAUUGAAUAAUAAAGUCCAAUUGAGCCUGUUAGACUCAGCAUAUACUGAACCUCGAUCUGAGUCUAGCUUUUUAGCUUGAAAUAGAAACAUGGAUUUGAAGGAAACCACUUAUAAACGUAAAACAUUCCCUUGAUCUACUUUUAUUAUAUGGCUGAUCAGGAAAAAAGAACAUAAGAACAUUUUAUUGAGUAUAUCCUUUGGCAUUAGUUAGUUAAGGCCUAUCUUUGGUUUUCCCUCACUUUUGUUGAAUUCUAGGCCUCACUAACAUAUGUUACAGUGUCUUCUAUAUCAUGCUCUUGAGUAUUGAAUUGUUCCAUUUUUUGAAAAAUACUACUAAUGUUAUGAAAUUGAAAUUAAUUUCCAACUCGGUUACUUGAUUUUAUAAAGUCAAGGUAUUUUGUAUGUUGCAUUAUGGUGGACUGUUCUUUCUCUUCUUUGGUUCCCUGGUCUAUAAUACUGUCAAUCACUGUGUCAUAAUUGUUGCUGACAAUAAGGAACUUUAUUUUGUUUAGAUCCAUGUCGUGUGUUUUACUGAAAGGGCUGGGCUUUAGUUGUGUCUAGUACUUGUCGAUUGCUAGGGAUGCUUUCAACUGGUCUUAGGGAAAAAGGCUUAAUGAAUUUGGAAUUCAUUUAGCUGAGAGAAGGAUGUGAGGAUGUGCCAUUAGAUUGGCAGCGAUGGUUGUAGAGGUGGGAGACACAGGACUGGAAGAAAAAUGUCGGUGGAGGACGUCCUUCGCUAGAUAGAUGCUUGGCGGGGGCUACAAAGCUCCCCAAAAAAGACAGUAGAUGUGGAAAAACCUCACUGGAAGGAACACUUGGCAGAGGUGGAGUGCGUCGCUGGAAAGACACUCGGCAGAGACAGAAUGCCUCACCAGAAAGGUACUCGGCAGAGGGUGAAGGCCUCACCAGACAAAGAGGGGCUUGAAACCCUAACCUAUAACCUGUCUGUCGCCAGAUGCCAGUGAUGGUGACAUCGAUGCUCCCCCAGACAAGAAAUACUAGGCAGAACCUAUGCCAAACAGAGGCGAUAGCAGCAGAUAGAAGACGCCAGAUACCGCUGGACUCCAGUGGUGGCGGCGAUGGCGCUCCCCAACACAACAGAUGUUGACAGAGCCGACGAAACCCUAGUGGAACGAAUCCGCUCUAAUACCCUGUAGAGAGUAAAAAGGCAAAAAGCACAUAAUGAUCAUGGUCUAGGGCUUAUAUCCCAACCCUAGACUGUAACAUAAAGGGCCGUAACAUUAGUUUGGCCACUAGGAUGGGUCGUAACAUAAGGGGUCCAAUUACAUUUGACAGUUACCAUGGCCGUAUUGGUGUGGAUGAGUUCUCCAUGAUUUUUGCAUAAGCAUGAAACCUCUGAGUGGGAAAUAUAUUAGUCUAUUCAUUAACUCAUGGCAUUUGAAAGGUCAAAACUCUCAAAAGUUGUGAAUCUUUUAUGAGACAGUAGAAAUCGUUGUUCAGAGGUUUUGGUAUGAUUUUUUUAAGAUUUUAGUAAUGGAGGUUGCUACAUUCUCAUCACCUGUAGCUCUGUCAAUGGGUAGACUAUUAAUUCUGUAAAGAAUAUAUUGCCUUACAACAUCUAUCCAAUGUGUGAUGCAUAAUCUGACUAUUUGAUACAACACAAGAUGAACUCAAGGAUCACCAAUGAUAUUUCUAUCAUUGUCAUGGAUUAAAAAACAUUCUGUAGAAUCAGGCUUCUAGCAGAUUGACAUAUUUGAUUUCCACUUUGAUCCACACUUUUUGAAGUUUCAUUUUAAUGAUCUGGUAACAACGAUAUUUCAAUAUUGGUUUAUGCAACAUGGCUUCUGUCACAUUGAAGUUUUUUAUUAUGACCUGAAUUCGAUGUAAUUUCAAAUAAUCUGAAAGUGGAUGACCUCAAAGAACUUGGUUGAUUCAUAUUCAAAGUUCGAAUAGGUCUGCAAUGUAACUGAUAUCACAUGUUUGAGGGAUGUCAGAGUUUGAUUGCUUCUGUUUGUGAACUCAAGGAUGAGUGUUUUAUUGCAGGGUAGACUGAUGUGGUCAUAUUGUUGACAACCAAGCACAAUGGAAGUAGCUUUAGGGGUUUUAGCUCCGUUUUUUACUAAAAUUCUGCAUGUUAGAUGGUUAAUCUUUCUUUGAGUGGGCAACUUAUCAUUUUCUUCAGAAAUGUUUUCAACUGAUUGACCAAUUUUUAAGGAGUCAACUUCUUGUUUCCUUAGGAGCUUUUGUUUUUGGUUUAUUAACUCCUUAAAGGGCUAAGUUCCUAAUUUAUUUAAUUUUCCCUAUUGUCUAGAUUUCCUUUCUUUCUUAAAUAUGGUCUGAGCCUCGCUGGGAUGUGGUUGACUUAUUAUGAUAAAAUAAAUGUUGAUUCCUUGUCUUUUAUUACCUCUAGCAGCCAAGUUUCAGUCCUUUGGUUGGGCUUCUUCCUUUUCCAGUGGUUUGGUUUCCCAUCUGUGUGCUUCUGAUAUAGUCUGGUUUUUAUUUAUUAUAAUUUCUCGUUUUCAUUAACAUUUUAAUCAGAUAGCUGUAUUUCAUCUAUAUGAGUUCUUUAAUUGAUUUUUAUUUUCUGUAUUCGUCAUCGUACCAGAUGCUCACUGGACUGAUUUUAAUUGACACCAUUCAAAGUUUGAUGUGAAACUUACUUUGAUACCCAAUAUUUGCACUUCAGGUCAGGAAUGCAGCGAUCCGUACUCUUUUUCAAACUCUUGGUAGUCAUGGGCAGAAGCUUUCAAGAAACAUGUGGGAAGAUUGUCUUUGGAAUUAUGUUUUUCCCAUUCUCGAUUGUGUUAAUCAUUUGGUGGGUUUCAUUUUGAAAGCAUACUUUAUUUGGAAUUUGGUCGUCCAGGAAAACGGACUGUAUUGUUAUGUUCCUUUUUGCAGGCUGCAACAUCGUCCAGAGAUGAAUGGCAUGGUAAAGAACUAGGGACUCGAGGAGGAAAAGCAGUUCUCAUGCUCAUACAUCAUAGGUUUAUUUCUUCUGGGGAUAUUUGUUUAAUUUCAUUCUCAAAGUUAGAACUUAGAUCAUUCUUCUGAUACAGAAUGAUUUUGUAGUCGCAAUACAGCACAGAAACAAUGGGAUGAAACCCUUGUGCUAGUCUUAGGCGGAAUUACAAGGCUUCUACGAUCAUUUUUUCCUUUUCUUCAAGGUUUGGAGAAUUUUUCGGUUGGUGAGUCUUCUAAUGUUCUCAAUUUGCACCCAGUUUCUGUUUCCUUUCAUAUGGGCUCUAGAAUAAUCAUCAUUUACCUGCUCACAGGGUGGGAUAGAUUGCUUCACUUUGUUAGAGAGAGUAUUUCAAAUGGCAGCAAAGAGGUUGCCUUUGCUGCAAUAAGUUGUUUGCAGACAACUGUUAUGUCUAAUUGUCCUAAGGUAGAGAGAUUUUCCUUCGAUUGAGGUCUUGAUAAUUUUUUUGUGUUGUAGUUACUAUUUGCGGACUAUUUUUCAUGAACAAGUUCUUUGAUCUGGAACUCAUUUUAUCUUUAUGAAUAUUAAUCUUUGUGUUGUUUCUAUUGCAACCUUACUCAGGGAAACCUGUCUGCAUCCUACCUGAAGUCUAUCCUUGAUGUCUAUGAGCUUGUCCUUCGGAGGUCUCCGAGCUAUACAAGCAGUGCAGCCAACAAAGUGACGCAGGAGAUCCUUCAUGGUCUUGGUAAUUGAUUGUCUUAAUGAUCUUCGUGGUUAUUUUUGACCUUUUGCUUUUACUAUGACUGGGCUGGUUUUAUUGCAAAUUAAUGCUUCACUUUCUUGAUGAGAAAUCCAUGCUUUUCAGGAAACCUAUUUCUCCAAGCAAAAAUGAUGUUCGAUGACGACAUGUACUCACAACUUAUCAUGAUUCUUCACUUGGCAAUUAGACAGUCCAUGGGUGCCACUGAUAGCUUCGAAGCGGAAUACGUAAGAUUGCUGUGUCAUUCCAGUAUUUUCAAUUUAAGCUCUUAUUUUUUUGGUUCCUUAUUUCAGUUAGAAAUAAAAUAGGACUACUUUCUUUUCUUUAUUUUUUUUUAUGACAUGGUUGUGUGUACUUUCUAUUAGGAAAGAUACUUUCGUCUGGUCCCAUAUCAACUGGAGACUCUUCUGCAAUAUAUGUUUUAGAUUUACUUCAUAGCUCUCUGUGUCAUUGCAGGGAAUUGUUCAAUCGAUGCAUCGUACUAUUCUGGAGGUUAUACCAUCGCUAUGUCCAACAGAGCAUCUAUCUUCCUUGUGGCCCCAAUUUCUCCUAGAACUUCUCUCCUUUCUUCCAGGAUCAGGAGAGAUUCAUUGGGCUGUCAAUAAGCCUGAUUCAAAAAGCUUAAAAUAUGGUUCAGAGAGCUUGAGUAGUCGUUCCUGUGAUAUUCAAACGAGUGUAUUGCCUGAUAUUUCUGCUGAUGCUGAAUUGACUUCCGAAAAGCAAGUGCAGGAUGAUUUUGUAAUCUCCAAUGGCACUCUUGCGGGCACCUCAUUUUAUGCGUUUGGAGAGAAGCUUAUUCCUGUUGAAGUGGAACUGUUUUUGAGGGCCCCAGCAACUGAGAGAGGAAAUGUAUUCCCGGAAAUCGUUCAUUGUCUUGGAAGGUCAGUUAUUGGCACCACUUCCUCUUUAUGAAGAGAAUGUAGUACAUAAGAAUAUUACUGUUGAUGAAUUAGUUUCUAUUUAAUCAACAGUGAUGUUUUUAUCGAUUGAAUCAGCUUCUGCAACCAGACAUUACUGAGGAUUUGUAAUUAUCUAGUUAGAAUGCUAAAGAAAGAGUGAUGUUCUGAAUCAAUGGACAUUGGAUUAUCUGAUAUAACUGAGUAUAAUAUUGUCAAAGCAUCAGUGUUUGGUAUUUCAUAGUAUCUGUUGAUGUAUAUAUUUUUUUCAAAUGUGUUUCAAAUCUAAUACUUUACAUACACAACAUGUUCCUCAUAGGUGCAUGGCCACAAGGAGAGAUAAUCCAAAUGGCAUGCUUUGGAGGUUAGCCGCUGAGGGUUUCAACAAUAUUCUUGUUGAUGAUGUGACCAGAUCAGAUAUGGAUGAGAUCAAGCAAACGAAAAAUAGAUCCACAAGAAACCGGCUGUGGAAGGAAGUUGCAGAUGUUUAUGAUAGAUUUCUAGUUGGUUCCUGUGGGCGUGCCAUUUCGUCUGAUGUCCUUUCGGCUGAAAUACUCAGUGCUGAUGAGUCACUUGAAAUGACCAUAUUAAAUGUACUUGGGGAUAAGAUUCUCAAGGCGGAACUAGAUGCUCCUCCUGAAGUAUUUUUCUUCCUACCUAGCUAAUUUUUCUUAGAUCAGGCCUUUAUUAUCUGUUCUCACAGUGUCUCUCUGCUGUUUCAGAUUUUGGAACGGCUUGUUUCAGCUCUUGAUCGUUGCGCAUCUCGAACUGGUUCUUUGCCUAUCGAAACUGUCAGUCUUCUACCUUCUCACUGCAGCAGAUUUUCGCUGAGUUGCUUACAAAAGUUGUUUUCUCUAGCAAGGUAUGAAUUUAUCAGGCAUUCUUUUGUCACCACGGUUUCCUUCAUGGUGAAAGCUGUAGAUUUUUUCUUCUGUUAACAUAGAAAUGGCAGAGAUUUUAUGGCUCCCUUGAUUUGAACUAGAGGAUAUAUGACUCAUUAUACCAAUAAUCUUCUCAGAAUUGUAUAUCCGCUCCACUGAAACUUUCGAAGUUUGUUAAAUCGAUUGAUUUCGAUUAAUAGAUUCUUUCAAACUAUUCGAAGUAAUAAGAAGCUGUGUUCUCUUGUCGAGUAAAUAAAAAUAGUUGAAAAAUGUCAUAAAAGUUUUCCAAGUUAUGCAGAAUCAUAUUGCAUUUAUUAUCACUUUCAUAGAACAGCAACUGAAAAAAUGAGGGUUCCAUCCUGCUGAAAUCUGAUAAAAUUUUGUGUUGAUAUCUUAGAAUUAGUGGUGGAAGUUUAAAAUUGUGAUUACCGACUAGAAAAGCAAGUGAAAAGCUAUGAACUUAAACUGAACCCACUCAUCGGUUUUGAAGCCAUACAUUUGUCUUUCUUUUCUUCUUGUCUUCUCAUCAACCCUCAUUCUUUCGUCAUUAUUAUCUCUUCAUCUUUUCUUCUUCAUCUGUUUCUUUUUCAUCUUUUUCUGUCUUUUUCUCCCUCUUUGCCUUCCCUUCUCUAUUUUUAAGCAACAUGAUACUGAGGUGACUAACCUUGCUAUGAACUGGGGAAGGAAAAUGGUUGGUAUUUCCCUUGUAAGAUUUCCUGAUCCAAUCAUGGUACCUAAUAGCACUGGAUUAUUUACCCAAAUGCCAUAAAUGCCUUUGGAUUCUGCUAAAUUCUGUCGAGCAUACGGUUGUUUUUAUGCUGUCAAAAAUGGCGUCUGUCUUGAAAUUGUUCAGGUAUCGUCCAAAUUGUCAUCUUGGAUACAUGUGGUACAUGGCUGUGGUGAAAAGCAAACUGAUGAUUUGUCAGUGAAAUUUAUUGGAAAUAUUACAUAUUAAACAUGGAAACUCUUGGAUGGGAAGAGAGGGAAAAUAGUUGUUCUGUAUUUUUUUUUCUUAUUUCUUAUUUUUUUUCUUUUGUAGAGGGUAGGACUACAAGAUUAUUAAAAUAAAAAAAAGAAAAAAAUGUACAAGUGUGAAAACUUUGAGCUCUCAAAAGAUAGACUACGAUGUCUCAGUACAGUCUUGCACUAGCAAUGUGGUUGGACCAUACAAAUGAGAAAAAACUGUGGAUCCAGCAGUGGAUCCAGCAAAUGCAUAAAUAGUAGUACUCCGUAAAAACCUCACGCACUCAAUCAAUUUUUGUCACAACGGCACAUGGAAACCUUAUAGAGUGAGGCACUUCCCAUUUUGACAAUUGCAUACCUUUCCUUUCUAUUCAAACAUCUGUAAGGGUAUCACGUAAAUUAAUCUGCCGCAACCUUUUGAUCCAAGCUUUCUUCCAAAUGAUUGUUUCAACUCAGCCUGAUCCCAUUGAAAUUGCUUGGAUUUUUCCGUGGAAGACCUACUUAACUACAACAACUGUGAGAUACCCUUGGACUAGGAACAUUAUUGGGGCAAAAAUGAUCCAAGUUUUCUUCAUCCUUGUUACACAAGUUUGCUGCUUUAUCCCAUGUCCAUCAGAUUUACCUCAGAAAGUUACUAUAUUUCUGUUGUACCAGUUACAACUCGGGAGAUGCUUGGCACUCAACAAGAUCAGGAGUUUGCAGAAUUUCCACCACAUUUCUCCUGAACAGAUGCAGUAGCAUAUUAAAUCAGUAUCUGACGGAUGAAAAUGACCAAGGUACCAUCGAAACCCAUGGAUCUUUCUAGCAUCUUUUGUUGUGGUUUUCAAGUUCUUCAAGUAUCGUUUCUAUGCUGACACUUCAUCAGGAAUAUACGAAAAAGGCUAUCAAUGAGAAAGGUUUCCAACAUUGGGUUAAUUUUUCUUUCCCUUUAGGUGAACGUACAUUGCCAACUGUGAGAACCGAGGAAUUAAUUUAUGUGCUUCAAGAGCUUGCACGGCUGAUUCUUCAUCCUGAAACGGCAUCUGCUCUUCCUAUACGGCAAUAUCUUAAGGAAGAUACAUCAAGUGAGAAUAGUCUUGGGAGACGAACGCACCUCCUGGUUAUGUUUCCAUCAUUUUGUGAGCUUGUUGCUUCAAGGUUUGUUUCCUCUCCCAUUUAUCAUUUCUUCCUUUCCUUGUCUCCUUCAUUCUAUUCCUUGGUGGAAAAUUCAUUGGGAACAUCAUUGAAAAUUCCUUCUUCCCUCUUCUCUGUGCUGCCCUUCAUAAUUGUACUCCAUUGUUAGGAAAUUAUCUACUUCUUCUCCUUUGUCAUUGUCAUAAUUGUGAACGAUCUUUUGGCUUUUCUUGGCAGGGAAGGAAGGGUGAGGGAACUGGUUCAAGUCCUGCUUCGACUCGUCGCCUCCGAGCUUGGGCUGCAGAGUAUCAGCUCCUGAUAUAUUCUGUCACCUUCUACAAGAUUUUGAUGCAGGCUGUAUUUCCAAUGAUCUAUACAUAUAUCUGUUGCCAUAUUAAUACCGCAUUUUAUCCGGAAACUACUGCAGAGGGCUUCAAGCUCUCCAUCUCCCACUUGUGCCAGGAACAGUAAUCAUGUACAGGAUGUCAAGAUGGUUUCAUCAAGCGCUUCUGAUCUCAGUGAUGCUUCGGCCAUGAUUCGUCCAUCGCCCACAACAAGUGCUCUUCUUUCUAUUUGAUACAAUAAGCUAACAUCUUGUUGCCGGCAUACUGAAAGAAUAGUGUAUGCAUUUAGCAUCAGACUAUGGGCGGUGGGAAGAAGAUAAAGGGAUAACAAAUGGGUCAAGAAAGAUAAUAUCAGACAUUGCAUGGUAUGAGAAGGCUGGUGUUGAUCUGCUGAUUGUCACCGAGAGUUUUGUAACGGGCACCCAGGGCACUGCGCCACGCAGUCUAGCGUUCUUGGACAAUACGAAGAAAAACAGGAGAAUAAUGGAUUUGGAAAAUUAUGAGAAUGAGCGGGAUGAUCCUAGCAUCACGGGCAUGUGAGAGAUGCCAAGUCAACAUCUUGGUAGACUCUCAGUUCUAACAGGAACCACUGAGAACGUUGUUGUGUGGCGUGGUUCAAAGGGUUCGGAUGAACAGAAGCCAAUAGUUUGGUGCGUUUUAAAGAAACUUUGGACUAAAAAUUGACGAGUGCGAGGAGUUAAAGUCAGCGCAUCACCAACUCGGAGGGAGGAUCGUGAGGUAUGAUAAAGAUGGUGGAGAAUGAGAUACCCAACCCCUCGUAUUUAAUUCGGGGAAUUGAAACUAACGAUUAAAAGAUCGAGGGUUAAGCUGAAGAACAUGGAGAGAUGUUCACAUUUUGGAGGGUGGAAAGGAAGCUAAAGCCAACUCACUAAAGAAAGUAUCAAUUUUUCUUCCAAGUAAUUGGUCGAUUAGUAGGGCGGUCGAACAGCCUUCACAAGCGCGUCUGCACUUGAUCUUGCCACCGGUACAACCCCGCCGAGUCUCCCCUAAUAAGACGUUGCCUUCUCCUCCUCUUAGCACUCAUCUUUCCUCCGCCGUCAGUUCCUCCCAGUCGUUUUCCUUCCGCAGAGCCGCCCGAACGGGUGAAUCUGGAGGUGGGCAGCCAUGAACCAGCAGCAGCAGGAGCGACCUCCCGAUCUGGGUGGCGGCCCCUACUCCCUGCAGGAGGUUCGUUCUACCUCUUCCUCUUCUUCUUCUUCUUCUUCUUCUUCGUCGCCGUCGUCCUCAACGAACUAACUACACAGUGAAGAUAGGGGAAGAACACAAGGGAAAGCCUGUGACCAUGGGCGAGGCCCUGUUGGCGGCGUCGAUAACGGUAGGAGACCAGCCGGUGGAGUGUGGCGACGCGGCGGCGCUCCAGGCGGCUGAAAGUAGGGCGGGGGGCUCGCCGCUCCGUGGCGGGUUGGCAGAGGCGGCGCUCGCCGCGGCGAGGGUCAACGCCCAUGUUACUCGCCAGGGAGACAAGAUAAUGCUCGGAGAAGUCCUCACGGGGGGUCCUCGUCCUCUUCCUUGGAUCAUCAGAGAGGACGACACUUUCACCAUCGUUGACUCGCAGGUCGCACCGGAUUUGACAGCCCUGAACAAGGCGGUGACUGCCGAGGACGCGAGGACCGUGGCCGACGCUGAGAAGAGGUACUGCCCCAGCGCGCAGAUAUACAGUGGCGGCGUGGCCGCGAUUGUGGCAGCCGCGGCGAGGACCGACCAGGAGAGAGAUUAG